GCCAUUACAUUACUCUUUGGUCCGCCACUUAGAGGAUAGAAAAAAUUCGCCACAAAAUAUUAAAUAACUUAUAAAUGCGUCGCCUUUUCAAAAAUUUCUAUUCGUUUUACAGAAUUGACACUGCACUGCACUGGCGAAUCUUAGAAAAGGCACCGCCCCAAUGAGUAAAAAGUAGAUGAAUGAAAAAAACAAUGUCGUACACGGACUUACAAGAUGUUAUGAACAUUAAGGAGGAGGCAAGUGAAUUAGAAAACAACCCCAUGGAUUUACAUUGGAAUUUUUACAUCAAACAAGAGCCAGUUGGUGUUGCGGAAGAAGAACAAAGGAAGAAAGAGGAGCCGGAUCUGUAUGCAGAUCAUGAUAUCACGGAAGAGUUGGUUAUAGGACCUGUGGUGUUGCAGCCUACUUAUUUAGCUCAAGCACAGUUUGUACAGAAAACAUGUGAUAGGUUGAAUGUCGAUACUCGCUCACACAAGUGUGAUAUUUGCAAUAAAUGUUUUACAAGAAAACAGACACUAAAAAGUCAUAUAUUGACCCAUUCUGGUGAAGAACCAUACAAAUGUGAACACUGUAAGAAAUUUUUUGCCUAUAAAUCAAGUUUUGUUGCACAUAUGAAGACUCAUUCUGGAGAGAAACCAUAUGAAUGUGAUCACUGUAAGAAAUUUUUUACCUAUAAAACAAAUUAUAUUCGACAUUUGAUGACUCACUCUAGUGAGAAACCGUACAAAUGUGAUAUUUGCCAUAAACGUUUUACUAGAAAUAAACACCUUGAGCAACAUAUAAUGAUCCAUACUGGGGAAAAACCAUACAAAUGUGAUCACUGUAACAAAGGAUUUGCCCGUAAAUCAAGUUAUGUUUUACAUUUAAAGACUCUCACUGUUGGAAAACCGUACAAGUGUGAUAUAUGCAAUAAUAGUUUUACAAGAGAACUGACACUUAAAACUCAUAAAAUGAUCCAUUUUGGUGAAGAAGAGUACAAAUGUGACCAGUGUAACAAACUUUUUGCCUAUAAAUCAAGUCUUGCUACACAUUUAAAGACUCAUACUGGAGAGAAGCCGUACAAGUGUGGUAUAUGCAAUAAAUGUUUUGCAAGAAAUAAGAAUCUUAAGCGUCAUUUAAUGCUCCAUACUGGAGAAAAAACCGUACAAAAUGUGAAAUGUGAGUAUUUGGCAGUAAAGCAAGUUCAUUGUAAAAAUGUAAAGACUCAUACUGGUGAAACUGUAGGAUUUUGA